AUUAUCUGGUAAGAGCGAUAAGGGCUGCGGUUGCGUCGUUGAAGCAGUAUAGAAACGGCGCGGACGCUCCACACCGGCUUGCAUCUCGUGCUAUGUAACGCUCUGUCAGUGCAAUUCCUUUAUAAAAUACUGGUUAUCUAAAAUGGUGUUGUGUCCACCGUUCAGAUGGGCUUCUCGAGCGAGAUACAAGUUUACCGUUCCUGCCGAGAUAGAUCCCGAACAGCCCCGUCCAACAAUAUACAUAAUACCCGAUGUUCUCACUGACACAUUCCACUCCAGUAGCAAUGGGGAAUUACCGAAUGGAACUGAACAUGAGCAAGUUAAUCCCACAAGCAGUAAUGGUAGCAACUAUAAUGGAGUUCCAAUGGAUGUGGAUCGAGAUGACAAGAAGACAAGUCACAUGAGCGUUCAGAGUCGAAAUACGAGAUAUAGUAAAGAUUCUGAUGUAGAUUUUAAUUUCGAUGGGCGAAUUAGCAGCGCUGCACGUGCAACUAUUUCAGAGAUAGUGCAGGCGAAUCCUCGCAACCGGCGCGGGCGACGCAAGAGCGGCGUGAUCGCGCCACACGUACCGCACGAUGCCUCGCGCCUCACCGACCUGCAGUAUGACAAAUACGAAAAGGAUGAAAAGUCAGCAGAACAAAUACGUAAGGCUGUUAUGGCGAAUGACUUCCUAAGGAACCUAAUGGAUGAUGAACGACUUGCAGCGGUUGUGGAGGCAAUGAGUCGGCAAGAGUUCCCCGCGGGUAGCCUCAUCAUCAGGGAAGGGGAGAGUGGCAGCCAUCUAUUUGUUUCAGCAAAUGGACGAUUUGAAGUUCUCAAAGGUGGCCAGGUUGUGAAAACCUUCGGACAUGGAGAGGCAUUUGGUGAACUCGCUAUUCUUUACAAAGCUAAACGUUUUGCCUCAAUACGAUGUAUAACUGAGGCCACGGUGUGGAUGUUAGAGCGUCGUGUUUUCCAAAAGAUCAUGGUACGCAGUGGCCGGCAGGAGCAAGAGGACAACAUGCGCUUCCUGGCUUCCGUACCGCUACUCCAAGGCAUUCAUCCUAUAGAACUGGCAAAGAUCUCCGAAUUCCUUAAAAGGGAAUUCUUUUCUGCGGGAACUCCUGUGGUGCGGCAAGGAGACCGAGGUGAUAAAUUCUACAUUAUUCGCGGCGGCACGGUGACGAUCACGAAGCGGGAGGGGGAGAGCGGGGACCAGGUGGUCGGGCGACUCCGCCGUGGACAGUACUUUGGUGAGCAAGCGCUGCUGCAUGAGGACCGCAGACUCGCGACCGUCACCGCAGAGCCGCCCGGCGUCGAAUGUCUCACUCUAGAACGAGGACCAUUCUCAGAGCUGCUCGGCAACUUGGAUGAAUUAAAGGAAAUUCGGCACGUAGCACCGCGACCAUCUCAACAAAAGAAAACCUCACAAGUUAAAAGCGAAUACGAGUUCGUUGAACUGAAGGACCUGCACAUAGUGGGCACGAUGGGUGUGGGUGGGUUCGGGCGGGUUGAGCUGGUGCAAUACGUGCCCAACAAGUCGCUCACGUUCGCUCUCAAGUGUCUCAAGAAGAUAGACAUGGUGCAGCAACAGCAGCAGGAACACGCCUACAAUGAGAAGCACAUCAUGAUGUCAUGCAACAGCCCGUUCAUUUGCAGACUUUAUCGGACAUUUAAAGACAAUAAAUAUAUUUACUUCCUGAUGGAGCCGGUGCUGGGCGGCGACGUGUGGACUAUUCUGCAGAAACAACGCUACUUCCCUGAGAACAUGGCUCGCUUCAUGAUAGCUUGCGUCAUCGAAGCAUUCCAAUAUCUACAUUCCAAAGAUAUUAUCUACAGAGAUCUCAAGCCUGAAAAUUUAAUGCUUGAUAAACAAGGAUACAUUAAAUUGGUUGACUUCGGAUUUGCUAAACGAAUUUCACCAAAUAGCAAAACAUGGACUUUUGCUGGUACGCCUGAAUACGUAGCUCCAGAAAUAGUGCUUAAUAAGGGUCACGACCGAGCUGUGGACUGCUGGGCUUUAGGGGUACUAAUCCACGAGCUGCUGGUGGGCAAGCCUCCGUUCCGCGCGCCCGGCGGAGACCACAUGAAGACAUACACGUUGAUCCUGCGCGGUAUAGACGCGGUGGCCUUCCAUCCGAGGGUCGCCAAGUCUGCACAGAUGCUCAUUCGGAAACUGUGUCGAGCCGUGCCCGCUGAAAGACUGGGAUACCUCAAAAAUGGAAUCGCUGACAUUAAAAGUCAUAAAUGGUUCUUGGGUUUUGACUGGGAAGGACUCUUGGAAAGACGAUUGAAGGCUCCGUUGAUACAGCCUGUGGCUAACGAUCUGGACCUCGGCAACUUUGAGAAAUACCCCAAAGACAAGCUACCGCCCGACGAAACCUCUGGUUGGGAUUUAGACUUCUGAACAAAUUAUACAACGAGUGUUAUUGUUACUACUUUAAGUGUGUGCCAACAUGAUUUUAUUUUUGAUAGUCUUCCAAACAUUACACCAUAGUAUUAUUUACUUGUACAUUAAGUAAGUUAGCAGUGCAUGUUAGGAAUAGAUCAUACGUGUUUGUUUUUUAUACUGGAUUUUUACAUUAUAUCUCUUUUAUAAAUUUU